GCUCCCGAGGACUGCAGAGACCCAGGCAUGGGGGGCACGGCCCGGAAAGGCCUGCAUGGGCUCACUGGAGACGCCGACCAUGUCUGUUUUCCUUUCAGCCAAACCCGAGAAAGGGUCCUCGGCACCCAGGACCGUGCUGGCUUCACCUGGCAGGAACACCCACUGCAAGGGGGACAGUCAGCCCCCUCCCAGCCCAGCAACCCGGUUCCAGUGGCCCAUUGGUCAGCUCUCUCACCAUGGGCGCCUUGUCCUUUCACACCCUGUUUUGGUGGGGCUGUCUGUGGAAACACCUUACCCUGGGGGCACUCAGGGUGUGUCCAGCCCAGCCCUUGCUCAGGGAGGACCCUGUCAUUCCUGGCGAUUCAUGGAAUGGAGUUCAAUGCCCUGGCUCCCAACGGCCCUGGAUGUGGGGGGCCCUUGGUUCCCCCAUUAUCAUUUUGAAAACAGCUGCUGGGUCCGUGUCCCUUCUGACUGUGUCCUGGACAUCCCUGGGACCAUGGGACAGGCCUAGCCCAGGAAGCCCAUGAGGACCCCGACACCAGGCCCUGCCCAGGCCUAUCAGCACUAAGAGGAAGGUCGGGAGAUAUCCCCACUGCAACAUGGGCACCUGUAUUUGGCCCCUUCACCAAAUGACUGUGACUGGAAGAAGCCAGGGGGGCACCCUGCCAACUCCCAGCCCAUCCUAACACUAACCCUGAACCUAACCCUAACCCUGCAGCCCCAGACAUAUUGGAAAAUCCCGUUCAAUGGGAGGCUUGUCCCAUUAAGGC